UUUGUGGCAGAUGAAUACAUUGAACGCCUGGCAUGGAGAACACCUGGAGGAGGUUCCAGAGGUGGAGAAGCAUUUGAUCCAAAAAGAUUAUUGGAAGAAUUUGUAAAUCAUAUCCAAGAAUUACAGGUAAUGGACGAAAGGAUUCAGAGAAAGGUGGAGAAACUAGAACAGCAAUGCCAGAAGGAAGCAAAGGAAUUUGCCAAGAAAGUACAAGAGCUGCAGAAAAGCAACCAGGUUGCCUUCCAACAUUUCCAAGAACUAGAUGAGCACAUCAGCUACGUAGCAACUAAGGUCUGUCACCUUGGCGACCAACUGGAGGGGGUAAACACGCCACGGCAACGGGCUGUGGAGGCUCAGAAGCUGAUGAAAUACUUUAAUGAGUUUCUGGAUGGAGAGCUGAAGUCUGAUGUUUUUACAAACUCUGAAAAGAUUAAAGAGGCAGCUGAUAUUAUUCAGAAACUGCAUUUGAUUGCACAGGAACUGCCUUUUGACAGGUUUUCUGAAGUAAAAUCAAAGAUAGCAAGUAAGUACCAUGAUUUAGAGUGCCAGCUAAUUCAAGAGUUUACCAGUGCACAGCGGAGAGGCGAAAUCUCCAGAAUGAGAGAAGUAGCAGCAGUUUUGCUUCAUUUUAAGGGCUAUUCCCAUUGCGUUGAUGUGUACAUAAAACAGUGUCAAGAGGGUGCAUUCCUGAGGAAUGACGUCUUUGAAGAUGCAGCCAUUCUCUGCCAGCGAGUGAAUAAGCAAGUUGGAGAAGUCUUUAGCAAUCCAGAGACUGUGCUAGCCAAACUCAUUCAAAAUAUCUUUGAAGUUAAACUUCAGAGUUAUGUAAAGGACCAGCUAGAAGAACACAGGAAAUCAGAUGCAGAACAGUAUCUUAAGAAUCUCUAUGAUCUAUAUACAAGAACUACUAAUCUGUCAAGCAAAUUGAUGGAAUUUAACUUGGGUACUGAUAAGCAGACUUUCUUGUCUAAGCUUAUCAAAUCCAUUUUCAUUUCCUACUUGGAGAAUUACAUUGAGGUGGAAAUUGGUUAUUUGAAAAGUAGGAGUGCUAUGAUUCUGCAACGCUAUUAUGAUUCCAAAAACCACCAGAAGAGAUCCAUUGGCACCGGAGGGAUCCAGAUCCACAAAAGGACUGAAGCAAAAUUAAGUAUUCAAGACCUGAAAGAGAGAAUAAGGCAACGUACAAACUUACCGUUGGGGCCAAGUAUUGACACACACGGAGAAACUUUUCUGUCGCAAGAAGUGGUGGUUAACCUUUUGCAAGAAACGAAACAAGCGUUUGAAAGAUGUCACAGGCUCUCUGAUCCAUCUGACUUACCGAAGAAUGCUUUCAGAAUUUUUGCUAUGCUUGUAGAGUUCUUAUGUACUGAACACAUCGAUUAUGCAUUAGAAACAGGCCUUGCUGGCAUUCCCUCUUCUGAUUCAAAGAAUGCAAAUCUUUAUUUCUUGGAUGUUGUCCACCAGGCCAAUACUAUUUUCCAUUUAUUUGACAAGCAGUUCAAUGAUCAUCUGAUGCCAUUGAUCAGUUCUUCUCCUAAAUUAUCUGAAUGCCUUCAGAAGAAAAAGGAUAUCAUAGAACAAAUGGAAGUGAAGCUGGAUAUGGGCAUUGAUAGGCAAGUAGAGAUUUAA